AUGUCGUCCGGAAGUGGCAAAAAGAAAGUAGUUGCAGCUGCCGCACCAUCGCUGCCAUUCUCAAUAACUCCUAACCCAGUGGAAUCGCAAGCACCGCCCACGGGUAUAAAGCUGGUGAUUGAUAAGAACCGAAUUCUUAACGUUUCUGCGUCGAAAACUCAACCUGCAGUGUUUCGGCACCUAGUGCCCCACGUGCAAAGCACGUCCCUAAACGCAUCCAAUGAAGACUAUUUGACAAACGGUGGUUCCCAUGCUGGUACGUCAAUUUCAGCAAAAAAUACUGCACCCGUAGUUAAAAAGGUUGCAUCGUUAACUGCAAUAGGUGGAGUAGAAAGGGGAGAGAUGCGUGUGAAAGUUACAGGAGAAGAUCGUAACGGUCAAUCUAUGAUGACCGGAGGACAAUUGGUACAGGUAAAACAAUAUAACAGCUUGUUAGGACGACGGCCCUCGACACAUCGUCGGGUGACAGUUCCUAAGGCGGCAGAAAUUACCGACAACGGUGGACAACAAACUGUUUCACCGUACCCAAUAAUCACAUUGGCUGACAGAACUACCUUUAAGCCUGCAGUAGCAACCAACAUCCAACCAGGGAAUUCUCUGUCAACAACAGCUAUACCACCCAUUGGGUGCACAGCAACCACCAGUAGUGUCAACCUUGUAACAGACAGUAAUACACAAUCUUCGACAGCUUGCAACUACACAGUUGGUAUUACAGAUGUAUAUUCCGUUCCGAGCAUGCAGUUCAAUUCCGUACAAGGUAAAGUACCCUACAAAGAUGUUGCGAAAAAGGUGGAUGUUGGGAAUGAAACGAACAGUGCUGGUCUCAAAAAGAACAUUGCGACUUAUACAACUAGUAGAGUCAUAUGCCCUGGCAAAACACCAAUCAUACCAGUGAAUGAACAAAAUCACAACGUUGUUGUUAUAACUUCAGGUGAAAAUACGUCUCGAAAUAGUAACCUUAACGCUAUUACUACAGACACUCGAAAGAAUAAUGUUCAAGCAAAGCUGUACAUUUUUAACCCUGUACCGAAUGAUUGUACCGAUAUGAAUACGGAAACAAGCCUCAGUAAAGUUCCGGGUGAAGAGGUGGCAAGCAAGCCAUCUCGGGAAGUAAAGUCGCUUCAAUUAAUGCAAUCAUCGUCGAAAAUUUUAACUGGAUUCAUCGCAGACACCUCCAGUAAGGGUAAAUUACGAAAGCGUCAUUCAGAUGGCUCUGCUGAUAUAGAGUCCUCAAAUAUGGAUUCAUCCCUCCCUGGGACAAUAACGCAAUCAGCAACUCGUAAACGGCCUCGAAGAAAGUCCACGAUUUAUUCGACCACUAUGGACGACAAUAGCAAAGAGUUGGCGACUGACUCAUGCUACAGGUUGGAAGAUGUGGAUCUCACGUCAACAGUGGUAGAACCAGCCAGAGGUAGAAAAGGACGCUCGUUAACGAAAUCAGAAUAUUCGCUGCAAAAACCCACGAAUGAUCGGAAUGAUUGUUUCGGCAGUGUGAAGGAUGGCUGCAGGGAUUUCUUUUCAAGUUUGAACCUGGGUUCGAACGAAGAAAAUAAAAUCGGCGAACAAGCUUUCCCAUCGAAUCCACCAAAGCCUGGAUGGGAUCGUUUCUGUUGGCGUUGCAAGAAAAGUAACCCGAAUUUGGGAUGCAGCAAGUGCAUUAGAAGUUAUCAUAAACUUUGCGUUCGCUAUUCAGUGGACGAUCCGAACUGGAGCUGUACGGAAUGUAAAAUGGCGCCCAAUGUACGCGCGGAUGUCGAAUCCAUGACUAAAUGUUUGGGAUAUGUACUGGACAUAAUGAUGCUUCAAACUGAAGGGGUAAGUUGGAAUGAGUUUUUUAAUCCAAUCGAUAAAUCGGUUUUGCCACACUACGACGAUUACAUCACCCGUCAUAUGGACCUAGCCGUAUUAAAACAGAAUCUGAUCCAGAAAACGUAUAAGGCUUCGGAAGAGUUUUUGGCGGAUAUAAGUUGGAUAGUACACAACAUGUCCAUAUAUCCUGAUAAAAUGAUUCUAUUGAAACAAGCACGGGCUAUGCAGAAAAAAGCAAAAAAUGAAAUAGAUGAAAUGGAACCUUGUUACGAGUGCUACAUACACGCUAAUACAAGAUCUGAACAAUGGUUUACACAACUGUGUUCGAAACCACAUCUGUUAGUGUGGGCCAAAAUGAGAGGAUUUCCUUACUGGCCGGGCAAACUAUACGUGAUUAGCGCCACCAAUCUUGCGUACGUGCGUUUCUUUGCGACACACGAUCGAUCCUGGAUGGCGGUAAAAGAUUGUUUUCUGUAUAGCAAGCAAGAUCCUAAUCCUCCUAAAAAUCUGAAGAAUAAGAUAACGGCAUCUCUGGCACAAAGUGUGACAGACAUAGAGCAGUAUAUUACCCGAGUGCGAGAACAGUUCAGCACGUUCAACUAUGCGCCAUUCAUGGAAUUGGUAGAUCCGUCGCGAUUCGAGGAACAACAACGUGCAAUGUUUCCAGAUGCUUUCCAUAAGAAUGUAAAGGUUACGAUAAAAAAGAACAAAGGUGAGAUGGUCGCCGUUGCUUCAUCUUCUAACGACGAUACACAGACUGUUCCAGCAACUAAGGCCAGAUUGGAGUUGAAAACAAAUGCAGCUCUCGCCAACAAAGAACCUGCGAAGAAACAGACAAUAAUCAGUCUCCCGCGUAAGCCUACGACACGUCGCAUGUCGCGGUUAUUGAGAAGCGCUGAUGAAACAGGUGAACAACCGGUAGUAAAUGCAGGAUGUCAGGAAAGCUCAACUGUGUUGAUCGCAUCCGCAGCGGCGAACAAUGACAAAUCAUUCGAAUGUAACCAAUUAUCCGACAAAAUGAUUGACGAUAAAACAGUAGAAACCUCUAAAGACGCUGAUUGUGAUCUGAAAACAUUGUCCCUGCGUCUGCGACGUGGUUCGCAGUCUGCGACAUGGGAAACUGAACCGUUGCUUAAACGUCGGAAGUCAACAGCCGUGCUGACGAACGCUGUCGUCGAAACAAAUUCCACCGUUUCGAGUAUAGAAGUGACAACAAAAGUAACAAAUGCGAUCAAGGAUGUUGCCGAACCAAUUGCGGAAAAGGGACCAAAUACCUUGGAUGCAGCUACCGAUACUACUUGUAAUCAGCAUGCAGCGAAAAUACCUUCGGACACUGUGGAAAGUGCAGCCAAUGCUGCUGCUGCUGUAAGCCAGCCUUUAGUAUGUAUCUCAAAUAGUGAGGUAAACCCAUCAUCAUCAGUAGCUGAGAUCGAUAUCAAGCAAGAAAUUAUUGUCUGCGAUGAAGUAAAUGAUGUAAGCCAGACAAAAGAUGUUCGGCCAUCGCUUAAGGAACAGGUACAGAAAGAAAAUGCCACUACGUUGGACGCAGCAAAGGGUCAGAUCAUACCUACUGUUAGUUUGGAAAAGGUGAUUAAAUCUGUGCAACAAACAACACCUGCAGUAUUGGCGAUUAGCGCAGUAGGUGGUAAAGCUGACGAUACAAAUACUACUGCUGUUACGAUAGUGCCUAGCAAUCAACGGGCAAGAAAAUCGUUCCCUGGAGGUGCUGGUGGUAGUACUGCAAAGAAUUUGCUUCCGGACACAUUACACAGCAGCAAAAAGGCGUUGGUUUCCAUACCAAAAGAACUCGUUACUCCCUCUGCUGCGGUCGUUACCAUAAUUCCCAGUGUAGACAACCGCAAAAAUGAUCACAAUGAUGUUGGUGCAGCCUCCGCAUCAAAAGAUAGCGAUGAGGUAAUAAUUGUAGAAGAUAAUAAUGAUACCGUUGCUACAACACCACCGGUCGUACCAUGCACAGAACGGGAAAUUGAAACAACCAACUUCCAGCCCCUUCCGCCACUUGUACCGAAGCCUCUGGAAACGAUCCCAGCUCCUACCGAUAGUACCAUCGAAUUGAAUAACACUAUGCAGAUAUUCGAUGACAGCGCGAAUAGGAUGUUAGACUACUUCCGGAUGGUGAUGGAAGAUCUGCUAAAAGAAAUGGUUGGCAAAGGAUCGUCGCUGGUUGAGGUGGCAACGCUGAAAUUAAAUCUAGAGCGACAAAAGGAGUUAUGGAUGCAGGAGAAACAAACAUUACAACAUGAGUUUGAGCGUAAGAUGGCGAAUUUGCGCAUCACCCUCGAACAGGAGAAGGAACGGGCCCUCAAGAAACAGCGUCAGCAGCUAUUCGGAGAGAAGGAACGUGCAGUGCAAGAUGCGAAAAUGAAGCAAUGGUGCGCCAAGUGCUACAAGGAGGCAGGAUUUUAUUGUUGUUGGAACACUUUGUAUUGUAGCAGGGAUUGUCAGAGGGAGCAUUAUCAAGAACAUCAUGAUAAACACAUCAACAUUACCGCGCAACAACCAGACACCUCCCAAGAAAUCCAACUUAUACUUCAACCCAAUUUGACGGAUUCGAGUUUGUUGGUUGCGCGGAAGCCUGAAAACAAUGCUUCCAUGCGUAAUCGGUCUGCCGUGAACAUUUCAGUUGUACCUACAGUUGGUGGCGGAAGCUCUAACAAUCUAAACAAAAGAUCCCCGAACAAUAGAGUCGCCCAGCAACAACUCACUUCAACAAGCACUCCAUUACAGACUCCAGUUCGCUUUACUUCCGGCACAAUGGCGACUAACGUAGGUUACAAGACGCCUAUAAUACAGUCUGUGCAUGGACGGGACAGUAUUUUAAAAUUGACGCAUCUGUCGACACAGAAUGGGGGUAAUGCAACAUCCACGCUUAACAUGCCACAACAACAACAGAAAAAGACUACUCCACGUGACAAAGCGGUCCAAUCGAAUCAUCAGAAGGCGAUUAGUCCUAACAGGGUAAAUAUAACGAAAAAACCAUACGUUAUCGCAUCGUCGUCGUAUCAAAGUACCAACAUGUUAACAUCACCAACAUCAACUAAUGCGCCAAUGGUAACGCCUUCAGCAUAUGUCACAGUUACACCCUAUGAGGAAGUAGCCGGUAGCAGCCGAGCGUCAUCUAGUGUCUGGAAUCAGUUAGCUGUGAUGCAAUCGAACGCUAAUCGUCAGCCGCAUUCGGGCACAGCAUUCGGUACAGCAGGCGGUAGAGAUGGAGCAGAAAAACUUGGCCAAAGGCAAAAUCAGCCAACUAUUGCCCCAGUUGUGCAGCUACCGUCAACAGCCACAUACAUGCGACAUCAACAAUGA